AUGGACGGCCUCCUCGCAAUCGGUGCAGGCCUCGCUCUCCGCCUCAUCAUCGACAUUGCCACAAACCACAACGGACGCGUCGGAGGCGUCCUCGUCGGUCUCUGGGAAGGCUUCGUCCUCCACCAUUUCAUAAGCCAGGCACCCCGCUCAGUAGACCCGUACCUCGGCACCUCGGUCAGAGUCCUCGCAGAUUUCCUCUUCACCCGAUCCACCCCCCGCGCCGCCCUCACCCUCAUAUGGACUGCCCUCGGC